AUCUGCACAUCAAAUAUUCAUCUUAAAGGAGAACUAUCAAUGCUUGAUCACUUUCUGAUGUCGUGUGAAACUUAUUAGGUGACAGCAGUUGCUAUGAAACACUCAAACAAGCACCUGCUAAAUUAUUAAAACAGCUGCAACACGGUGGUCAGUUUAUUUUCACCGGUAGGAACUACUGUCACAGCUAUGUCCUCAUUGCUGGAGCACAGCUUUGUCCGCACCGUGGCAUUGGAGAGGGUGGUGGCACCCAUUGCAACUCAUUUAUGUUACCUGAUGCUGCUGUGCGACAAUAUGGAUGAGCCCGAGCAAUUCAGCCAGCUGGAGGCGGCGGCUCAGGGGGUGGCUAAAGCCACUGAGAACAUGGCAGCUGUGGUGUCCAGGUAUGUACCUUCUGGUCUGCUUUCUGAUUGGCAUCGGCAGCUGUGUGGUCAGAUAAAUGGCAGCCUUUUCAACUUCCAGGCUAAUUAGUAACACAGAAGAUGAGGUUCUGCACAUGGAGAUGUCGUCCCUGCAGGAGCCGCUCAGCGUGUCGGGGCACCACGUCCUGCUGGCGGCUCAGAAACUCAGCAUCCAGCCUGAUUUGCCUGAGAAUAGGGAGGAACUCAUCGCCGCAACGCAGAAUGUCUUCCUGGGAGUUGUCAAAGUUCUUUUGGUGGAGGACGGCGCUGUUGUGCGGAAAGUUCUGGCGGCGGCCGAUCGGGUUCUGGAGACCCUCACUGAGCUCGGCUCUUCCUUGGACAUUCGAUCUCUUCUCAGGUCCUUCCAAGAUUUUUCUGAAGCUUUGCUCGUUCUCAAUAGCCUCACGGUGGACAGGGCCAAAUCCUUACAGGAUCCCGGACAAACAACACAGCUUCUGGACUCCUUGGACACGCUGAGGAGGUGCAUCUCCAUGCUGCACACAGCGAUGUGCACCACCAUCAAACACCCUGCAAGUGACCAGGCCAAAGCCGCCAAGGAGUUCAUUCUGGACAAGGUCCAGAGCACGGUUGGAGACAUCUGCGCCACUCUCAGGAGUGACGGCCACAGAGGACAUCUGGGACCACACGGAUACUACACUGGGAGGCGUGACAGCCUGCUGCACCUGCUUAAUAAUUACUCUAUUGCACUGGUUCAGGAGAGUGGCUUCGACAGCAUGGUGAGAGACAUCGUGUUUCACUCCAUGGUUGUGGCCAACUCUUCACGCAGAGCGUCCCAGCAGAGAAUAGUGAGCCACUGUCGUCAUGUUCUGCAGUUCUGGUCCGACAUAAAACGCAUGCUGAAAUCCUCUGAAGAGCGUGAUGACGCUGAACUGAAAUAUAAUAAGGCGCGACCUUUUUUAGUCCAACAAAUACAAAUGCUGGACGACGCCCUGAAAACUGCGGUUCUCCAUCACGUCUUGGACACGUCCCUUAUAGCCUCCCGCACAGCCGGUGAACUUUUAGGCACGAUAAGACAGGUGUUGGCGGCAGACGCUGCCGAAAUGAUGGAUCUGACGUUUCUCCAGCCAGCAGUUGAGGAUUUCUUAUCAUCCACCGAUGGGAUGAUCCAAGCAGCAGCCUUUGUCUCCGCUCUGGCCGUAGAUGCAAAGAGCUUAGAGGGUGUGGAGAACUCGCAGGUGUGCCUCACAAGACUACGAGCUCAAAUUGCCCCCCUUUCACUGGAGCUGGCGGAUAAUUCGUGGAAAACGCUUCAAAAGCUUCACAGUGUGUGUCUGAAAUGGGAGGAGGAGACCAAUCAGCUACACGACACUCUGAGCGAUGUGAUGGACGUGAGAGAGUUCACAAGUCUCGCUGUGACCGAGAUGGUCAAGGAGCGUCGUGGAUGUGAUGAAGCGUACAGAGAGCAGAGUUACAAACUGUUUGAUGAGCGUGCUAAAAACCUAAUAUCCCACAUGAAGCUGGUGAGCCGGUCGGUGAGAAGGCAUCUAGACCGAAGCAAUAACCCGAUCUACAGGAACGGCCUGCUGGUCCUGCUCAAACAGGCUCAGUCCUCUCAAACCAAACUGGGCGAGUCGGUCAGAGACAUGCUACGAGGCUCUGCUCUGAAUGUGGAGCUCUAUUCCGCAUUUUCAAACAACGUUGCAGCAGCUAUUCAGCAUUUUAAGGUGCUCAGAGAAGGACUGGACGGACACCAGCACCCACAUCUCCUGAGCCCGCUGCGAGAGGCGGCACGCGAGCCACAAAUCUCACCGCCAUCUUUACCCGUUGAGGAUAAUUAUGGGACGAGCCUGGAUCAUGUGUCAAGAGACCCUGACUCCCCUCUUUCUGAGGCGAUGGGAAUGGAUUCUCUAACAAAACACGAUGAGGCCUCAGAUACGGAAACUGUAGAAGCGUCUCAUAAAUAUGACAGUGAUGAUUUAAAGAAGCCAGCUGUCCAAGAAGAGUCUAAACCGAUCCACGUCGACCUUUUACCCCUUCUGUAUGAAGUUCUGACCGUGACUAAAGGGAAAGACGUGUCCGCCCUCAACCAGGUCUGCACUAGAGUCCUCGAGCUGUCGAACUGCUACGUCCAGGCCGCCAAAGACGGCUCAGCGAUCGUCGACAGCGUCGAUUCGCAGACACUGGAAAGCUUCAGAUCAGAACUGGUGUCACUGACGCCGCUGCUGGUCCAGACAGCGCAGGAGACGGCGAUGAGCUCGGCGAGGAGCGCCGAAGGUCUCCGCAAACACAGCGUGCAGUUCUCCGACCUCAUUGGCAACAUCCGAAAGGCGGUGCUGCCUGUAGCCGGGACCUGGUAUCACGCUGCGUGUGCUGAGCUGCAAGGAGACCUGCAGAGCACCAGACCCAGUCCUACGCAGAGUCUAAAUGAGGUGAUGAGCUUAUGCACUCGUGUGGUCCAGUUCCUGACGUCGUCUGAUUUGAGAUCAGCCGACUCUCAGGAGACAUUCAGCGUCUUGAACAGCAAGCUGAGCAAAGCCCAGAACACUACAAAGUUUCUUGUAGAGCUUUGCUCUUCGCCUGGAAGACAGGUGGACCAUCUCGAGGCGCUCUGCAUCCUUUGGGGCCUCUCUGUUCGGAUUUUGCUGAAUUCCCUGGAUAAGAUUUUAGGCACAUCGGAUAUACACCAGCUGAACCCCCAGAAGCGACUGUCGGCUCUGUCUGAGAACUCUUUACGAAUCCAAGAGGCUGCCAGACUCACCGGCUUGAACUGCAAAAGUGCUCACAAGUCAAAGCACCUGACGAGCCACCAGGAGGAGCUAAAAACACUGACCGAUGCUUACCUCGAAGCUUCAGAGGAGCUUGAAGCAAUGCCGAGUCUGACCCGACUUGCCAAAUCCGAUGUCCUACAGAGACAACUCUUGAUCAAAAUUAAAGUGCUUUCUAAUCAGUUAGGCAAAGAGAAUAAGGACUUUGUCUCCGCUUUUCAAAACAUCGUCGAGAUUGCUCGUUCUGCUGCCAAACAUUUCCGAGGUUCUGAACACGCCGAAGAGACAGAGAAAGAAUUUGAAAACGCUGCAAAGAAACUUGCAGAAAACGUCCAAUCUGCAGCCAGGAGCGCGGAGGGUUGCUUCAACCACAUCCGCGACCCACGGGCCCGCUCUAACCUGAGGUCCAUCAACGAUCAUCUGUGCUUUCAGAUUGCAGAAAUAAUCAGCAGAGCGAGGCUCAUGGUGGAGACUCGUUAUAUCUGUGACGGCCUUAGUUUAGAUGUGCAGACGCAGUGCUGGUCGGCGAAAGCUCAUUAUCUAACGGCGGAGAUCAUGAAGCAGGAUGGGAUCCAUCAUGAAGCCAAGGAAAGCAUCAAGGCUGGUUUCCAGGGAAGAUCCUGUGAGGAUUUUAUCAAAGAAUUGCCUAUGAUGCCAUCUAGAACCAAAGAGGUGGUAUUUCCUGACACAAAGCCACCCCUGCAGAGAGGCAAUGCAGGAAGUGUAGAUGCAGCAGAAGCUAAUUUGAGCCUGGCAGCUGUGGCAAAGCAUGAACCCAAAGAUGAGAAAAAAUAUUCCGGAGGCGCACCCGCUGCAUACAGAGAUGGUUUUCCUCCGAGUUUCACCUCCGCUUUUCUGAAGCAAAAAAGCGAAAGCUGGGAUCCAAAAAAGCAGAACAAAAUAGUCCAGGUGACGAGAAAGAUUGCCGACACAAUAAGUCACAUGACGCAGUAUUUAAAGAAGAAAGGCCCGAUUCUGAACAAAGAUGCGUUUGUCAGUGCAGCCAAAGAUGUGAUCUGUAACUGUCAGACGGUAACUCAGUUCAUCCGACUUAUUGCCAACCUCAGCCUGGACACACAGUGCACGGUGGAGCUCUCCCUCAUCAUCGAACAGAUUCUGACCAUCACUAACCAGCUCAGUAUCAUCUCCAGUGUGAACGCUGUAACACCUGGUUGCAAAUCCUCUGAUGAGAUUCUGGUAAAGAACGCGGAGAAUCUUCUUCAGACGGUUCUGCGAGGAGUCCACGCUGCAGAGACAGCCUGCAUCACGGGUCUGAAGCAGCCGGAGCCAAACUCAGACGGCGCAGAGGCCACAGCUUUGUGCUUUGAGUGGAAAAAAAACUUGGAGCUCUAUCGAGCCCAACAGACGACCAACCCAGAAACCGAUGAUCUGGGUUUAAGAAAAACAUCAUUGCACACAUCGGCUCCCAGUCUUGCCCCCCAGGUUAACGUAAAAACGACCUUCAAGUAAACAGUUCUGUACGUUCAAAGCUAGCAGAUGUAAUGUGGUCAAACUCAUGGACCUGUGUCAGUGUACGUAGUAAAAUCAGGCUCAGAAUCUGUGAAAAAGGAUGGACUCUUUCCUUCCCGUCAAACAAUAUUGAUCACAAAUUUAAAGAAGCAAGAAGAUUUUUGUUUAUUUCUCAAAUAAAGAUUCAUUUAGCAACAAGAAUAAUUCAACCUCAUUUAAAGACGAAAAUAACAACCAGUGAGUUCGCUACAAAUGUAAUUAAUGAUUUUGUUAGAUCACACUAAGAUUCACUAGACUUACAAAUGUUUUAAUUAGGUUAAAAGAAACAAGAAAGAUAGCAAAGGCGCUAUGCUGAAAGCCUAAAAGGGGAAACUCAAGAUUGGGGAAUAUAAUAUUAGAAAUGCUAAUUACACAUAUGAGAAAUCAAACUUUAAUCAAAGAAAGAAACAGAAAGAAAG